UGGGAGAAGGGGGCUUACGGCGUCUGAUCGGGUGAGGCUGUGUCUGAGGAACCGGCAGCGCGAUGGACGUUCUGAAGUCGGAGAUUCUUCGGAAACGGCAGCUGGUGGAGGACAGGCACCUGUUGGUGGAAAACAAAAAAUAUUUCAAGUGUAGUGAAUUUGCAAAAAAAGAAGAGGAAGCCUAUUUCGAAAGAUGUGGCUAUAAGAUACAGCCAAAGGAGGAGGACCAGAAACCAUUAACUUCAUCAAAUCCAGUGUUAGAACUCGAACUGGCAGAGGAGAAAUUACCUAUGACUCUUUCUAGGCAAGAGGUAAUCAGAAGAUUGAGAGAAAGAGGAGAACCAAUCAGACUGUUUGGAGAAACUGAUUAUGAUGCUUUUCAGCGUUUAAGAAAAAUAGAGAUCCUCACACCAGAAGUUAACAAGGGAUUAAGGAAUGACCUGAAAGCAGCUUUGGAUAAGAUUGAUCAGCAAUACCUUAAUGAAAUCGUGGGUGGUCAGGAACCUGGCGAGGAAGACACACAGAAUGAUUUGAAGGUCCAUGAAGAAAACACCACAAUCGAAGAGUUAGAGGCCCUGGGGGAGUCCUUAGGGAAGGGUGAUGAUCAUAAAGACAUGGACAUCAUCACCAAGUUCCUGAAGUUUCUUCUCGGUGUUUGGGCUAAAGAAUUGAAUGCCAGAGAAGAUUAUGUGAAACGCAGUGUGCAGGGUAAACUGAACAGCGCCACGCAGAAGCAGACCGAGUCCUACCUCAGACCACUUUUCAGAAAGCUGCGGAAAAGGAAUCUUCCUGCUGAUAUUAAAGAAUCGAUAACAGAUAUUAUUAAAUUCAUGUUGCAGAGAGAAUAUGUGAAGGCAAAUGAUGCUUAUCUUCAGAUGGCUAUUGGAAAUGCACCUUGGCCCAUUGGUGUCACUAUGGUUGGUAUCCAUGCCAGAACUGGCCGGGAAAAGAUUUUUUCCAAGCACGUCGCUCAUGUUUUAAAUGAUGAAACUCAGCGGAAAUACAUUCAGGGAUUGAAGAGGUUAAUGACCAUUUGCCAGAAGCACUUUCCUACAGAUCCAUCAAAAUGUGUGGAAUACAAUGCUCUAUGAGAUCUGCGCAUGGUGUGCAGACAAUAGGAAGGAACUUAAGGAAGCAGAGUGUGGACUUGCGGAAUUACCAACAGGAAGGAGGAAAGAGGAAAACAGAAGUUUCCAGCCUCUUUGAAUUCUGGUACAACUUGAUUGGUUUUAGGAACUUCGAUGGCUUUCAUAUCACCUCUGAUAAUGAACUGAUUCUGUGUUUUGCCUUCAUUUUAAAUAGUUGAAAAAUUAA